AUGAAACUGAAAGCUCUAGCUUCUAUACCCAUUUCUGUUAAUCCGCACACAUCCUUAAACUUCUCCAAAGGUGUAAUAACUUGCGGAGAAUUAUUUAAUGUCUCUCUGGAAGAAAUUACUUCAGAAUUGAAACCUCAAGGAGUGACUCAUGUUCGCCAGAUUGCCAUUCGGCGGGAUGGUCAACUCCUUCCAUCAAAGCAUUAUGUGCUCACCUUCCAUAGCCCCAAGCUACCUGAAUUUAUAUAUGCCGGUUAUAUUAAGUUACCUGUGCGUCAUUAUAUACCAAAUCCAUUGAGGUGUUUCCAAUGCCAGCGCUUUGGCCACUCGAAGAUUAAUUACCGCGUGACACUCACUUGUGCCCGCUGUGCUGAUAAAGGGCAUGAUAGCCAGCAGUGUUCCGCAACAGAAAAGUGCGUAAACUGUGGUGGCGAUCAUCCCUCUUAUUCUCGAAAUUGCUCCCGCUGGAAACUGGAAAAAGAAGUCACUAUUAUCAAAAUAAAAGAAAACAUAACAUACCCAGAAGCUAGACGUAGAGUUCAAAUGCAGACACCUACGCCAGGCAUUAGCUAUGCCUCCGUUGUUCAAAAACCAUUUUGUACAAAUUGUUCCUGUGAAAACUGCAUAAAGCAAACUCCAAAACCAAAACUUCCUGUAAAAACAUCAGAAUCUGAUUCUGAUAAUUCAGUUCAAAGUAUUUCAGAAUCUCCUAAACCGGAUCUAUCGGCAUCUAAAAAAACUCGAAAGAAAAAACCUCAGUCCUCACUGACAUUGAAACUUGCUAAACGUGGCAUGUCACAUAAAGAUCUUUCUGUCAAGUUACAAAAAUCUACUUCUCGGAAUUCCGUCGCUUUGGGAUUAGCAAGAGAUGGUGUAGCCCAUAAGGAUUUAACGUCUAUCUUUGGAGGCACACCAACUAUUCCUGAUUUUAAGCUCCAUCCGUCUGAGGAUGAAGAUGCACUUUCUAUGAGUUGCGAAGAUCAGGCAACUCCUACAGCUGCUCACUCACACUCACCAUCUAAAUCUUUCUCUUAA